AUGCACUCACUUCACAAAACCAUCACAAACUUAAUAAACUUGCUUUUAUUCUCCUCUUCAUUUUGUGCCAUCUAUAUCCUUAUACUAUUAGGAACAUCAUUAAACCAACAAAACGUGCAUUCUUCAUUAAAAAAUGUCCAAAAUGUGUACGAAUCUUCCACCACCACCACAACAACAACAACCCUUGAUCAUGUUGUGUUUGGAAUUGCUUCAAGUGGGUCUUCAUGGCCCAAGAGGAAGGACUACGUUAAGCUAUGGUGGAACCGCGAACACAACACAACAAUGAGGGGUUGUGUAUUCGUUGAAACGCUUCCACUCUCAGUUGUUGAAGAGAAAGACAAUGGUACUUCUCUUCCUCCUCUUUGUGUCUCCGAAGACACUUCUCGGUUUGGCUACACGUACCGGGGUGGCAUGCGAUCUGCGAUUCGUGUGGCACGUGUGGUGAAGGAGACAGUGGCACUGAACUAUUCUCAUGUUAAGUGGUACGUGUUUGGGGACGAUGACACGCUUUUCUUCCCUCGGAAUUUGGUCAAAACUCUUUCCAAAUAUGAUCACGGGCUUUGGUACUACGUUGGUGCCAACUCAGAGAGUUAUAAGCAGAACUGGUUUUUUGGGUUUGGAAUGGGAUUUGGUGGGGCUGGUUUUGCCAUCAGUUCUUCUUUAGCAACGGUUUUGGCCAAGGUGUUUGAUUCGUGUAUAGAAAGGUAUCCUCAUGUGUAUGGAAGUGAUGCCAGGGUGUACUCUUGCAUCACAGAACUAGGUGUAGGGUUAACACAUGAACCAGGCUUUCACCAGGUAGAUUUAAGAGGAAACGCCUUUGGCCUAUUGGCAGCACAUCCAGUUACACCCUUGUUGUCCCUUCAUCACCCAGAGAAAAUUGAUCCAAUUUUUCCAAACAUGACAACCAUAAAAGCUCUACAACAUUUAUUUGAAGCUGCUGAUGUUGAUUCCCAUAGGCUUCUGCAACAAACAGUUUGCUAUGAGAAACGGUUUUCAUGGACAAUCUCAGUGUCAUGGGGUUAUGCUGUUCAGGUGUUCCAUAACCACAUGUCUUUGCCGGAUGUUCUUAAAGUUCAAAAAACAUUCAAGAAGUGGACCGGAGGAACUGUUUUGGCAGACCUAUUUUCUUUCAACACAAGAGAGUUUCACCCUGACACAUGUAGAAGGCCCACCAUUUUCUAUCUUGAAAAUUUGUUGCAAAGUAAAGAUGGCACAAUAAUAAGCAGUUACCAGAAAUCUAUCCAAAAUUGCUCAUCCAACGUGGUACCAGAAGUUAUCAGAGUGGCCACAAGUAAGCUAGUGCUUGAUAUCAAACAGUUGCUGACUCAAAGAAGGCACUGCUGUGAUGUGUUGCCCUCUAAUGUUUCUCACUUAAUGGAGAUUGCAAUAAGGGAAUGCGCAGAGGAUGAAUUGAUUCACAUGCAAUGAUAUAUAGAUGAUCAGAACUCGGAAGUUCAUGUUUAAUCUCUCUUUUAUACGCCCAAGCAAAAUGCAUCAUAUAAAAAAAAGUUACUAGAGCAUGUCAUUAGAUGGUUGUAAGUAGAGAAUUAAUUCCAUUUUUCAUGGAUAUGCUUGUAGAGCUACUUAUUAGUAUGAUAAAAUGAUUCCGCGACGUAAUAAGAAUUGAGAAAUAAAAUGAUUCGCCUUAUCUAAAGGUUCAGCAAUGCAGCUGUGAGCUAUUUUAGAACAAUAAGAAUUGAGAAAUAAAGGUGGAAAUUAAAUUUGUCCGUGCUUCUGCAAGAGAUAUAUUGGUAUUCUACUUCAACGUGAUACCUUCAUAGUAUUUUGAUACA